GAUUGUUUAUUGGCAGCAUAAAAAAACUAAACCAUGUUUAUGUUGUUGGUCCUUACAACUUUUUUAAUUAGUACUAAUUAUCCAUUAAACAAAUGUAUGGCAAUGUCAUCAAAUGAUUUUACAGACAUAUCUAAAAGUGAUCUAGACAAAGUUAGGGUUUUAGUUGAAACCCUUGCUAAUAGCGAAGUCGUCAUUGGAGCUACAGAGGUAUUUAAAGCUGGUAAAGUUUUUUUAGAAGAAAAUCUACAAGAAAUCAAACUUGCCAUUGAUGCUAUUAAAAGUAUUAAACGCUGGUGGAAAAAUGAAAUAUCUGGUGCUCUCUGCGCUAAACUCCUGGUUGAUGACUAUGUAAAAUAUAAGGUUGCCGCCUUUUCAGGAACAGCGUGUGCAUUUACUUUUGGCUCGUUAUUUGGUCCUGUUGGCGCCGCGGUUGGUGGUGUAGGUUGUAUGAUAGUUGGAGGUGCGGCUGCUCACGCUUUCUCUGACCGAUUGACGGAAUGGCUAUUUGGAGUAUCAAGAGAAGUAGCAUUAGAAAACGCAUAUAAAUUUUUUAAUUUAAAAUCAACAGCAUCUAAUAAAGAGAUUAAUUAUGCAUUUAAUCAAUUGUGCAAGAAGUUCGAUCCAAAAAGCGGAGGCAACGAGGAUGAAUAUUAUUUCGUGCAAGUUAACAUGGCCAUCAUUAAGGGAUCAAAAAAUAAUCUUUGAUUUUCUAAAUUAAUAAGUUUGGUAUUUUCAAACUUCAAAUAAAGAAUGUUUUCAACAAGAGUAGAAUAACAAUUAAUUAAAUUUCAAAAUAGUUUUGAUAUCUUAAUCUAUUUUCUUUUACCAUUUUUAUAUAAUUUUAAUUUUAACUUGUAUAAAUUGUUAGACAAAAUAUAAUAAAAACCAAAAGCGGUAAUUUCAUAACGGUAAA